CUUCACUAGACCUAUCUUUUUGUCAAGUCAUGGCUCGCACCAAGCAGACCGCUCGCAAGUCCACCGGCGGCAAGGCCCCGCGUAAGCAGCUGGCCACCAAGGCCGCCCGCAAGAGCGCCCCAGCCACGGGCGGCGUGAAGAAGCCCCACCGCUACCGGCCCGGCACCGUGGCGCUGCGCGAGAUCCGGCGCUACCAGAAGUCGACCGAGCUGCUGAUCCGCAAGCUGCCGUUCCAGCGCCUGGUGCGCGAGAUCGCGCAGGACUUCAAGACCGACCUGCGCUUCCAGAGCUCGGCCGUCAUGGCCCUGCAGGAGGCGAGCGAGGCCUACCUGGUAGGUCUGUUUGAGGACACCAACCUGUGCGCCAUCCACGCCAAGCGUGUGACCAUCAUGCCCAAGGAUAUCCAGCUGGCCCGCCGCAUUCGUGGCGAGAGGGCGUAAUAUACAACAUUGCUUCCACAAAGGCUCUUUUUAGAGCCACCAACUAUUCACCUAAGUGGCUGUUUCCACUUCUAAAACCAUACUCCCGAAAGGUUUAGUUCAAGAACAGUGUUGCUGCAUCUCAUGUUAUCCUGUAUUGGUUUCCAAACAUACUGCAACACAUCUAGUUUACAGGAGAUGUGGUGCAGUCUUACAAGGUGACUAGGAUAUACAAAUAGGCAAGGUGAAAAGAAUCCCAUCUCUUUAAAAUACGUAUUUAUCCAGGAUUUGAACUACUUUGGUCUAGCAUAAAUCCAACCUCCAGCAAGCCUGCUGUCUCCAGGCUCUUUCUCCCUGUGCAGCAGCAGUCCUUCACUAUCGAAUGACACAUUUCAAAGAAUGAACGUUGCCUGGCCCUUUUUAUCUCUUCCCACUGCAAAGGAAUAUGAAGCAAGUCUUGAAUGUUCUGGGAAUGAAGGAAAUAAUUACUUUUCAGCAGCAAUGUGGCUAGCCUGACAAAGCACAAAGCUGAAAGUUGAAUCCCUCUUUCCCAAACAAUUAUAUAUGGAAAAUACAACCACAUUUAAGUGUGGGUGGUGGUGGUGGGGCAGGAGUACAUCUAAACUUCAACUACACCGAUACACCCGUAGCACUCUAAUUCACAUGCUGUUUAACACCUGUUAUAAAGAAAGCACUUUGCAUACCGGACAUUUUGAGACAUUUGUCAUCAGCUUUCUGAGGCUCAGUCUCAUACCCAUCAACCAACAACAAAGACUAUGCUGUCAUCAGGUCCUCUGGUAAACAGUUUGCACGAAAAUAUUGAGUAAAUAUUGCUUGUGCCAGAUAUUCCCAAUUAGGCAAAAAGGCUGUUAAUAAAACGACGGUCUGAUCUUA